AGUAGCCAAUGUGUUUAUGUGUAUAUAUCAUCGAUAGCGAUCGACUUAAAGCAUGACAUUUGACUGGAGUCGGUUUUAUAUUAUGUUAUCAAUACCGAAUAUGAAAUAAGUCGAAAAUAAUAUUUUGUAAAUAUAACGUAAACAUAUCUUUAACUUUAUAAUCAUAAAUUAGAGCAUUAAGCAUAAAAAUGAACGGAGAAAGCGAAUUAAAAGACGAAGAUUAUUUGAUAAUGAUGGCUAAAAGACAUCAUUUUGUUGAUCCUUCAGCAGCUAAAGCUUGGGUAAUUACUGCAAAAUCUCUUUUUCCGGAUCAUUUCGGGAUUCAGUUUGAAGCUUACAGGAUGGCAAAGGAUAGCGGCUGUGUAAAAGAAGCUGCAUUAUACUUUGAAGAAAUGUUUAAAAAUUUUCCAAAUGAAAGUUUAUUAUGGUUAGAAAUGCAAGCUGUAGCUGAUGCUUUACAGCAAAAUUCACAAGUUAAUACUACAGAAUUCUAUUGGCAUUUGUUUACAGAAUUGUCAGUUAAAGUUCAGCAUGAGAUGUUAUUAGCUGUUGCAGAACAUAGCGAAGAUACAAUGGAACACUGUUGUUUAAUGGUUUUAUUACUGAGUAAAUUUCCAGAUAAAGUUUUAAAUCAUGGAAUGCAAUUAAUUGACACAUUGUUUGCUGCUGAGAAACAUGGACAUUAUCAAUCUCCAGUAAACCAGUAUCGUAAACUAUUAGUAUGUGAUGUCAUGCCAGUUAUAUUAAACUCCAGUGAAAUUCAGAUUCCAUCAAAACAAAUGUUUCGUUUACUUCAAAAAUCAGUAGAAUUUUAUAUUUGUUAUAUUGUUCAGUCAUCUUGGAAAGAAGCACAAACUACUAGAAAAGAUGAGAAACAUACAAUUGAUAGACCUAUUGAUGAUCCUUGGGAUCAACUUUUUCAUCUUUUAGAAGCUGCUGGGAAAAAAUUAGAAUGGGAACUUGCAGAUAUAUUUUCUACAGUUGUUGGUAGUGAAGGUUUAUGGCAAAGAAUUGUUUCUUUUAUUCAAAAAAGACCUUAUAUGUCUCUAGGUGAGCCUGGAGGAAUCAAUGAUUUUAGUACAAGCAGUAGUUGUCAAGCAUUAAAUUUAUCUGAUGAUUAUGUUAUGGCACAAAAUAAACAAGUAUUUUUCUGUGCUACAGUGAUUUUUCUAUAUUCCUUAUAUCAUUAUGGUCAAUUAGUUAAUUCUGAAUGGCUUGGAGCAAGCAAUAAUUUGGGUGAAUCAAGUUAUAUUCUUAUUGAGGGAUUAAAUUUGAUUCAAGAUGAAGCAGUUGAACAAAUAAAACAUAAAAAAAGAAAACUUGAUUGUGAGAACAGAGAUACAGAAAUUGUACCUUAUCUUACUAUGAGUAAAAGUGCACCAGUUGAAAUAGCAAGCUCAUUAACACAGUAUUUUACAACAGCUUUCAAAUGCUGGGAUAUAUUGCAUAGCAACAAUCAUUUAAAAAAAGAAAUAAAUCGUUUAAGACAACAUAUACAUAUGGAUGAUUGGCCUUGGUUUCAAGACUUUCUUAUCAACACAUUAAUAUAUCAAGGUUCAUAUAAGGAAGCAAUUGAAACAUUGAUGCAUCAUCAUAGGCCACUUGCAAAGCAACAUGUUAUUAAUAAAAACAAAAUUCAAUUAGCAAGUUGUUUUUACUGUUUAGGAAAUUUUGCAACUGCAUGUGAGCACAUGCUGGAUGUAAUUUCAACAUUUUUAAAUAUGUCAUCUUUAUCAUCUCAAUGUGCUUUAGUUCAUGACCAACAAAUUCAUCCAAGGAAAUCAGGUAGACAUUUACAUUUUAUUUCUUAUAAACCUGAUGAAAUCUUGCAUCAUUGUGUAAAACUAUUAAUUACAUGUUUCAAAGAAAAUGCUUUUCAUUCAACCAUUAAAAAUGAUUUAGCAAUUGGACAUUUACUUGUUCUUGUUCAGCAUGAUUGGCCAAGGGAAGAACAGUUAUUUCUCCAAAUAUUAGAUGUUGUUAAAAAGCAUGGAAGCUUCUGCUAUGGUUUAUUUUUUAGUUAUAUUAUUAUCCCAGAUAUUUUAGAAGAAUUUAUGCAUCUCACUACUGAUAAUGGUGGAAAUGUUGAUUUAGAUUUACUUCCAAGUUCAACAUUACAAGUAGGAAAGCAAAGGGCUGUUACAAGAGGAGUAAAUAAAGGUGCCAAAGAAGAUCUUAAAUCUGCAAUGGAAAGACAAAUGUCUCGAAGUGAUGAAAAUCUCAAUCAAUUAUUAGUACAGUUUUUUAAACAAGAAAGGGACAUAAUUAAAGAAACAUUAAUGUAAUUAUUUUUCAUGUAUGAAAUAAAAAA